CCCCAGCCUAAGGGGGGUGGGCGGGGUGCUGUCAGGAUUGCGACCUCUGGAGGCAGUGAGGAAAGAACCCCUUGUAAAGCCUGCUACAUAUUUUCUUGUUCCAGCCACUGACCGCCCUCCACUACCAGCCUCUUCAGGUCUUUGCUGUAUCUUUGCCUCUCUUUACCCCUUUGGUUGCUGGGGGAGCAAAGCUCAGGACUAGCGUCCUAAUUGCCAGCCUGAGUCUCUGUGACUUCCAGAAGAACAGCCUAGAAUGCUGGUGUCAUUAGUUAGAAGCAUCUGCUGAAAGAUUGGGAGCAGAAGAAGGUGUCUACUUCGAGCCAGACCAACUGUAACACAGAGUCAACAGCCGCCCUGGAGGAGGCCAAGACCCCUGGUGCUCCUGGGAGCCCCCCAACACCCCCUGAGCCUCAUGACCCUGGUAGUGCCCUGCCCCUGACACCCCGGAUAGAGAGCCACUCAGAGGAGGAAGAUCCCACCGGGGCUGGCAGUGGCCUGGGCUGGAUCAGCAGGGGCUCCCGGACCCAGAACCCCGGGGGCAGCUCGGUGGAAGCCGUGCUGGGCCGGAAGAAGCACCGCCGGAGGCCUUCCAAGCGCAAACGCCACUGGCGGCCCUACCUGGAGUUGAGCUGGGCCGAGAAGCAGCAGCGGGAUGAGAGGCAGAGCCAGAGGGCCUCCCGGGUGCGCGAGGAGAUGUUUGCCAAAGGCCAGCCCGUGGCGCCCUACAACACCACCCAGUUUCUGAUGAACGACCGCGACCCUGAGGAGCCAGACCUGGAGGUGCCCCACGGGGCCUCCCACCCAGGCUCCAGCGGGGAGAGCGAGGCCGGGGAAGCCGACGGCCGGGGCCGCGCUCACGGCGAGUUCCAGCAGAGGGAUUUCUCGGAGGCCUACGAGCGCUACCACACGGAGAGCCUGCAGGGCCGCAGCAAGCAGGAGCUGGUUCGAGACUACCUAGAUCUGGAGAGGCGGCUGUCUCAGGCCGAGGAGGAGACCCGGAGGCUGCAGCAGCUGCAGGGGUGCGCCGGCCAGCAGCCCUGCCGCCAGGUGGAGGAGCUGGCUGCCGAGGUCCAGAGGCUCCGGACAGAGAACCAGCGGCUGCGGCAGGAGAAUGCCAGGUGGAACCGAGAGGGCGGCGGCCCCGGUGGGGAGCCAGGCACCUAGUGGGGGGACAUCCCCCCAACCCCCGCGCCAGGAUCAGGUCCUGUUUCAGUACACGCUGGGGCCAACUGGGGCUCCGGGAGGCAGGUGACAGAUGAAAACCACUUCCGGCCCCUCUGUGGCCCCUGAGAACAGUGAAAGUAUGUUCAGCCUUCCACCUGGUCAUUUCUGUAAUUUGGUCUUUGAUGUCUUAUUAUUUUUCACAAAGAAAUUAAAGGAUUUUCACGAGCCCAAA